GGAGGAGGGACGGGAGGAGGGACAGGAGGAGGGAGGGCGGGCAGGCGCCAGCCCAGAGCAGCCCUGGGCACCAGCGCAGACUGUCUCUCCCAGCCCAGGCGCACCCCACUCUCACUCCAUUCGGCAGGAGCACCCAGUUCUGUGAGCCAAGGAACUGGUCCUGGGGGCACCAUGGUUUUGGCGGCAGCCCCCGGCCUCCUCAUCCCUCUGUUGCUGCUCCUGGGGUCUGUGCCUGGCACCAACUCCCGCUCUGUGCCCCUGAAGACCUCGUUCCCAGAGGACGUGGCAGGUAGUGGGGAGGCUGAGGGCUCAUCGGACUCCUCCCCGAGCCUCCCACCAGCUUGGACCCCAGCCCUCAGCCCCACAGCGACGGGACCCCAGCCCACAUCUCUGGGGGGCCCCUCACACCCCACCAACUUCCUAGAUGGGAUUGUGGACUUCUUCCGCCAGUACGUGAUGCUGAUAGCCGUGGUGGGCUCCCUGGCCUUUCUGCUGAUGUUCAUUGUCUGUGCCGCAGUCAUCACCCGGCAGAAGCACAAGGCCUCGGCCUAUUACCCGUCAUCCUUCCCCAAGAAGAAGUAUGUGGACCAGACUGACCGAGCCGGGGGCUCCCGGGCCUUCAGUGAGGUCCCUGACAGGGCCCCCGACAGCCGGCCCGAGGAAGCCCUGGAUUCCUCCCAGCAGCUCCAGGCCGACAUCCUGGCUGCCACCCAGAACCUCAGGUCCCCCACCAGGCCUGCACCAGGUGGUGGGGAUGGAGCCAGGAUGGUGGAGGGCAGGGGAACGGAGGAAGAGAAGGGCAGCCAGGAUGGGAACCAGGAAGUCCAGGGACAUGGAGUCCCGGUGGAGACACCAGAGGUGCAGGAGGAACCAUGCUCAGGGGGGCCUGAGGGGGCUCUGGUGGCCGGUGAGGGCCAAGGGGAGCUGGAAGGGCCCCUCUUGUUAGCCCAGGAAGCCCAGGGACCAGAGGGUCCCCCCAAAGCCUCCUGCACUUGCAACAGCGUCCACCCCAGUGUCUAACAGGCCUCCCGGGCUGCCAGCCCUGACUGUUGGGGCCCCAACUGGUCACCUCCCUGGGCAUGAAAAGGCCUUCAGUCCUGAGUGCUUCCUGACACUCCCUCCUCGGCCACCCUGUGGUGCCAAUCCCAGCAUGUCCUGAUUCUACAGCAGACAGAGAUGCUGGUUCCCCGGUCCCCAGGAGGAAUCUAACCAAGUGCUGACAUCCUUCACCUCUGCAGCCCCAAAGGGCUAUAUCCUAAAGCACAGCUCCCCUGAGAAGGCGAGGGAGGGCACGUGUCCCUGUGACAGUCAAGAUUAAACAUCCCUCGAGGCUGGGUGUGGAGGCUCAUGCCUAUAAUCCCAGCGUUUUGGGAGGCCAAGUGGACAUCACUUGAGACGAAGAUUUCAAAACCAGCCCUGGCAACAUUGUGAGACCCCCAUCUCUACAAAACAAAAAACAGUCCACUAAAUCAGCCACGUCAUUUGGGAAUCAUACGUCUCAGGUCAUCCACGGGGCAAAUAUCACUGCUUUUCCAUCAAGGGAGCAAAGAGUAAGUGGGAGUUUUGGAAGAGGCUGGAUGAGAGAUGCCGAGGUGCUCAGCCUUCGUAAGACAACAUGUGGCCUGGCGAGAGGCAAUAGUUUGGAACUGAAAAUUGUCCUCUUCUUGUGUCCUCUCAAUGCUGAAUAUUUUAGUGUCGUCCCGCCUGUGCUUAGCGCUCUAGUAGCAGAAGUGGGUGUGGUUAAUCAGGACAUUUCUGUGAGAGGUCCCCUGCACACACACAUGAUGACAGGUCCCUAAAUGAGCAUUUCCCAGACUAGCUUCCCUGAGGCGUUCUUUGGAAUCAAGAUUUAUUUUUUUCUUUGAGACGGAGGCUCGCUCUGUUGCUCAGGCUGGAGUCCAGUAGCGCCAUCUCAGCUCACCGCAACCUCAGCUCACUGCAACCUCCACCUCCCAGGUUCAAGCGAUUCUCCUGCCUCAGCCUCCCGAGUAGCUGGGAUUACAGGUGCCCACCACCACACCUGGCUAAUUUUUGUAUUUUUAGUAGAAAUUGGGCUUCACCAUGUUGGCCAGGCUGGUCUGGAACUCCUGACCUUCAGGUGAUCCGCUCUCCUCGGCCUCCCAAAGUGCUGGGAUUACAGGUGUGAGCCACUGCUCCCAGCCCAAACUACUUUUUUAAACAGCUACAGGGUUAAGUCCUGCAGCACCCACUCUGGAAAAUACGGCUGUUAACUUUCCUGAAGGUGCCCCGUUUCUGGUUGGUCCAGGAUUAGGGAUGUGGGGGUAGGGCAUUUAAACCCUCUCAAGUGCUCCCCAAGCACCUCCUGCCUGGGGGUGAAUUUCUCAUUGGGGUGAAUGAAUGGAACUCUUCCCAUCUGGCCUCCGAAGCAGCCUGGAAGCCAGUGGCUGUGUUUGAGGGAACCUCCACCCUGGGGAGUCCGAGGGACUGGGGAGGGUUUCUGACGCCCAGCCUGGAGCAUGGGGGCCCUGGCCACCCCCCUUCGCUCACACAUUGUCUGGCAGCCUGUGUCCACAAUAUUUGUCAGUCCUCGACAGGGAGCCUGGGCUCUGUCCUGCUUUAUGGAGGCUCUGGCGGGGGUCCUCUCCCCCAUCCCUCCAUCUGGGGCUCCCCCAACCUCCGCACAGCUCUCCAGGUGCUAAGAUAUAACGCACCAGCACAAUAAACCUUUAUUCUGGC